CGAUAGUCGUGUAGCCUUUUAGGCGGUCUUCUUCGUAUUCAUUCAUAGUCCUAGUCGAAACACCUUGCUCAGCUCAUUGGAUCAAUGAUGGAUGAGGAAGGGGAAGAGAAACUACAAGAUCUGUAACGAGCAAGAUGAGGGUAGAUAAAUCCAUGAGCCAAGGACAUGUGAUCCUCGACUUGGAGUCGUAGCCGAGAGAUGCACGUGAGUAAACCAACAUGUCAGCCUCGAGUUUGAGCUCUUCGCAUUAAGGCCAGUUUUUCAUCCUCUCGGAUAGAGGCGAAGGAAGUUUCUUUCGCGGACGGCUGAUCCCCGCGGCUCCCCAAGGAGGACUUGGAGCAGUGCGCAAGGAAUCUUCGUUCGCCGAGGAAGGCAGAGGAAUGAAAAACUCUUUCUAAUCAGACGCGAUGCAGCGUCGCACAGUGCUGCCGGUCCUGCGCCUGUUGCAGCAGGUUGACAACGGUAAGCGCCUUGGCCGGCUCCUCGAAAGCAGCAGCUCACUUUUUCCAGAUUCACCUC